CUGCUCUUUCUCUUUCCCCAAGCAGUGAGCCUCGGACAGUGCUCGGCUCCAGCGCUUUAUUUUAAGAUGAUCGGCCAAGGUCUUUGCAGAUAGAUUUUAUCUGAAGUUAAAUAGCAGGCGCUCGCCGCUCACUCGCCAAUAAGUCAUUUUUAAUAGAGACAAAUCGCUCUGGACGCCCCGGAGCGCCGGUGCCGCCGCUCCUGCCCGCGCCCCCCGCCGAAGGCGAGCGGGCAGCCCGGGCAGCUCCCUCCUCCCGUAAGUGUCCUGCUCGGCGGAUCCAGAGCGCGGCCGUGUGCGGAGAAGGGGAGGCAAGGGGGGGAGAGCCUGCCAGCCGCCCCGCCGCCCUGACAGUGCCUGCGCUGGAUGCACAGCGGCCGCGGGACCCCUCGGCGCGGAGCGCGGCCAGGAGAUGCGCAGGGGCGGCGGGCUGCGCCGCGGCACUCGGCCCCUCUAGGCUCGCCCAUGGAGCGUCCCGCGGAGCCCCGUCCGCCGUCGGAUCCCGCACGCCGCUGGUGAGAGCUCUGCUUGUUCUGUAAAGUGGAUGUCAGGUGGAUCUAUGUUCUGGAAGGAACAAAGAGGCAGCGAAAGCAGCGCGGGGGAAGUUUGAGCGGCGAGGAUGCAGGCUGUGUACUGGUACGCGGUCCUUCUGCUGCAGCCCACUCUCUACCUGGUUACCUGUGCAAAUUUAACGAAUGGAGGAAAAACAGAACUUCUAAAAUCAGGAAGCUCCAAAUCCACACUAAAGCACAUAUGGACAGAAAGCAGCAAAGACUUGUCCAUCAGCCGACUGCUGUCACAGACUUUUCGUGGAAAGGAAAAUGAUACAGAUUUGGACCUGCGAUACGAUGCCCCAGAAACUUAUUCUGAGCAAGAUCUCUGGGACUGGCUGAGGAACUCCACAGAUCUGCAAGAGCCUCGGCCCAGAGCAAAGAGACGGCCCAUCGUCAAGACUGGGAAAUUUAAGAAAAUGUUUGGCUGGGGAGAUUUUCAUUCCAACAUCAAGACUGUGAAGCUAAAUCUGUUAAUAACAGGGAAAAUCGUUGACCAUGGCAAUGGGACGUUUAGUGUUUACUUCAGGCAUAACUCCACUGGUCAAGGAAAUGUAUCUGUGAGCCUAGUGCCCCCUACAAAAAUAGUGGAAUUUGACUUGGCACAACAGACAGUGAUUGAUGCCAAAGAUUCCAAGUCCUUUAACUGUCGAAUCGAGUAUGAAAAGGUUGACAAGGCUACCAAGAAUACACUCUGCAACUAUGACCCUUCAAAAACCUGUUAUCAGGAGCAGACCCAGAGCCACGUGUCAUGGCUCUGCUCCAAGCCCUUUAAAGUAAUCUGUAUUUACAUUUCCUUUUAUAGUACAGAUUAUAAACUAGUACAGAAGGUGUGUCCUGAUUACAACUACCACAGUGACACACCCUACUUCCCUUCAGGGUGAGGACCAACUUGUGUCUGAGACUGAAGCCUGGGGAAUAAAAGAGGUCGAAUAACAGGGCUGUAACCUCAAGGAGGAAGGCCACAUCUAUUGCCUGGAAUGUGUCUACCUGCUGCUGAUGUCAAAUGGCUGCAAAUAUGUUAGUGGAAAACAAUCUAAUGUAAUUUUUGCCCAGUCAGCUCCAUGUAUCCAUCUAGGUGUAAAUCACUAUGGAUUUGAAAUAAAACCAUUCACAUACACAGAGACACACACACACACUUUUCAGCUCACGUUAUUGAGAUUCCUGUUAAGAAAUCUUUCAUUGUCUGAUAUCUGAGGAUUCAGCAUAACCUAUCAUCAAGCAAAAUGGAUUAACUAGACAGUACAAGGUUUCUAAGGCAGACUUAUGGAAAUCUCCUUGAAAGUCCUCUGAGUACAUGCCAAUCAAUAAUCCCCACUCAUGCAUUCUACUGCUUGGAGCAGCUGUACUGGUAAAUAAUACUGUAGGAAUAAGUACUUGUUAAAAUGGGAAAAAGUGUGUUUAGAGUUCAGUAUUUCGUGUUAUAUGAACACAGCAAAGCGUCGUGACUUUUCCCAGCACACAGUAGGCACAUUCAAGGUGGUGUUGGUGGCUCUUUUUCCAUGGAGCAAGCCCAUUUCUAGUAAAGAUGGGCAAACAUUUGGAAUUUACAUGUGAGCAGACAUUCUGGUUUAAUGUUUCUCUGACUCUUUAAGCUCUGAUUCUUUAAACUUGUUUGAGUUUAGGCCAGCUAAACUACUUAAAAACUGGAAUUGAUCUCUAAGAAGGAAAAUGCCUGGCGGAGAACAUGUAAGUUAUAAGUGGCUGUCUUAUCUUUAUUACAAAAUAUUGUAACAAAUUCAAUAUCCUAGUCUUCAUUUGUAUGAAUGGUUUGUAUUGUACAUAAUUUAACCAGUGUUAUUUGAGCUGCUUAUUAAUAUUAACUUGUAAUUGUCUCUCUGCUUGUUAUUGUUUAAAACAAUCAAGGAAAUGAGGAAUCCAUUUUAUCAAUGUAGCUGUAAACUCCAUUAAAAGACAGAACUAUGUACAAAGCAUUUAUUCAGCUAAAGUAUUGUUGAAAGCUAUACAUAUACAACAUUACAGUCUGUCUGUAUUUAGAUAUUUUAUUUCCAGAGGAAAAAAUGAACUGUACAUAAAAAUAAAAAAUCUUAAAGUUGAGUUUCAA